AUAAAUAAGUAUAACGAGGCUUUAGAUAGUUUAGAUAAAGCUAUACAAUUAACAGAUUCAACUAAGAUGAAAUUGAAGUUGUAUUGCCAAAAAGCUAAAUGUCUAGCUGCCCUUGGCUCUUCAAUAAAAAAUGAUGUAUUAAGAGAGAUUGAUCAAAUUUUUAAGAUAUCAAAGUUAUCUAUAGAGGAUACAAAUUUUGUAUUAAACAUUAUUAAGAAAACUAAAUCUGCAGUAGCAUCUAUGAAACAAUUCAAACCUAACAAUCAAGAGUUUUUACAAGAAAAAGAACAGUACAAUAAAAUUAUUAUUGAUAGAGAAAAAGUUGAUCCAUUUGAUUUUGUUGAAAUAAAAUUAACAGAAAAUAUGGGUAGAGGUCUAUUUGCUAAAACCAAUUUUAAAGCAGGCGAUUUAGUUCUAGUGGAAAAACCUUGUUUGAUUGGACCACAUUUUUCCAAUCAAUAUGUAUUCUGUUCUCAUUGUUUAUCGGUUGCAUGGACUGGAAUUCCAUGCGAAACAUGUCAUGAUUACAUAUUUUGUUCUUUAAAAUGUAAAAUCAUGGCCUGGAAAGAGUAUCAUUUCAUUGAUUGCUCAAUAACACCAUAUCUUAUUCUAUGUGACCGACACAUCCCUGAAUGGAUUCACAUGCACCUUAAAUUUGUAAUAUCAUUGAUGAAAGAUAAUAAAACAAUAGAUGAGCUUAGAUCCAAACUGAACAUUCCCAAAAAGGAUCAAGUUGAAAUAGUGAAUGACAAACCUGAACUAAAAAUUAAUUUAUUAAAUAAACUGAUGAGUUUAUCUCAUAACUUACCAAUGCAUCAAAAUUUUAUUCCUACCAUGUUUACAGUUAAAGCAUUGAUUUGUAUGGUUAAGUAUACAUCAUUUUUUUCUGAAAAAUUGAAAGAUAUGCAGUGUGAAGAUUUUUCAAAGAAUGAGGACUUUUUAUUCAUUGGAUCUUUGCUUUUGAGAUUAGCAAAAAUAAGUGCUGUUAAUUCUCAUACUAUAUUAUUGAAGAAAGUAGUUACCAACUUCAUGAUCUCUUACCUGAAAUGGGCAUUGUACGUAGAGGAUUUUGCGUGGGACUUAUUAGUAGUAUGA